AUGAGUGUGCAGCGACAGUUGCGCGAGGAUUGGGAUAACAGAGAGUACGAACAGAUAAUAGCUGACAACGUGAAGAACAUCGCGAACUUCUUGUCAAGUUUCGAACUCUCUUGCCGUAGCAAACUAGCAAGCAAGAAUAACGAGGGGAGAUACGUUGAGCUGAAAUGUCGACCGGUGUCCAUCAAUAAGGAUCAAGCUCGUCAAUCUGUUCUUCAAGUGUACAAAGAGCUGCAGCGUAUGACUCCAAAUUUCUGGUGGGAUUUUGGGAUGCAUGAUAUGCCAAUGGGAGUGUUCCGGUCUGUGCUGAAACAACAGUUCAUGAAAAAUGCUCAUAUAACAGAUCUUCGCAUCAUUGACAGACUUGUAGGGGAGACGAAGCAGCACAUGUACGCGAUCCGAUACGCUUUCUACAAUCCCGAUCAUGUUCGAAAUUACCUAUUCCGUGAGAAUGUGGAAGCAAAACCGAAGGACUUUUUGUCGAAGUUCCUUAGUGGACAGGAAUGA